AUGCACAUUCAAGGAGUUAAAAAGCCUUUGUUUAAUAUUGCACCUCAAGCACAAAUUAAGCUAUCAAAUUUUGCAACACUUGGUCAACAAGAUUUAACUUCAAAUUGUGAUCUUGGUCAAACAAAAAAGAAGCUACUCGAUUUGAAAGUCAUUCUCAAAAUCAAGAUUCCAAGAAAGUUACUCGAUUCAAAGGAUAGGUUAAAGCACAAGCCUGCAAGUAUACCAAAACUUCAUUUUAAGAGAUUGUUGAAAUUUUGGGACAAUAGUAUCAUCCAAAGCAUAAGCAAGAAAAAUAUUGUCAAUAGGGCUAAACAAAAGUUUAUGCACCGAGUGGGGCCGAAAAUUUUUGAGAUAAUUCGUGAAAAAUUGUGUGCAAAGGAAAACAGAGAAGAAGUCACCAAAGCAGAGAUGUUUAUUGAAACUCUUGGGCUAACAACCCCUGGUGCAUGA